AUGUUCAGCCCGACGAGGAGGAGGGAUCUCGCUUCACGAGGGCCUGCAGUACAGACAACCAACUCGCAUGUCUUAGGCGGUGUCGGUACUGGCGUUUUCCCAUUCCUCACGGCCACGAGUAGUACUGGACACACCUACAACGGCACUUGGGCACCGUCGAAAUUGGCGGUCUGCCUCGUCGCCAAGUUAACUUGCUACAUCCGGCGCAAGUGCGCCGGCAAGUGCGAACGUCGGUGCUUUAAGAUACCACGUCCGAAUCGGAUGCCUCUGAGCCGAAAUUCCACCCUUUCUCUGUUGGUGUGCAUGUCUGUCUAUUUGUCCUUGGGCAUGCAUGUAUGUCUGUCUGUUUCGAGGUCGUCUCAGUUGUUGUCUCUGGGAUUGUGUGAACACGCUUUGGCCUGUGUGCGUUGA